CAAGUAACUAAGUGAAUCAACAGAAGAAUAGAGAGAGAAAACAAUCAAUAAUAUAAUACACAUCAAAACAUAGGAAACAAAUAAACAAACAGAGAAUAUUGAAGAAGGAAGCUAUCUUUAAUCUGUGUAUCAUAUGCCUAAAUAGCACCAUGAGCUGAGCCUACUUUCUCCCUAUAAAUACAUGCCCACUAAUCUCAAAAUCAACCCAUCUCACACAUUGGCAAGCACAGAGGAUCCAUUUAUCUUCUUUUUCAUCAUCAUAAGCCAUCUAAAUUAAAGAGAAGAUUUAUCUUCCACAUAAACAAGAUGGGUGGUUUCAAUCUUGAAAACAUUUCACUGAUCACCAUCCUCAUCAUUCUUUUGUUUGUUUGGUCUUCAAGAUUUGAACCUUGCCAUGCAAGACAAGGCAAAUACUGGAGGCAAAGCAAAACUGCCCCAGCAGACUCUCAGUUUUUGCAGAAAGAAAAACUUCAUGGAGUUAGCCACCACCAUAGCAGUAGCUUGACAAAGUUCAUGGAUUCUUAUUACAUUUCGCCUGAUGAAACUAUGGAAACACACAAAGGACAGAGCUCUGCAACUUUCAAUGUCCUUGACUAUGGGGCUAAAGGCGAUGGGCAUACAGAUGAUACAAAGGCAUUUGAGGCAGCAUGGGCAGCUGCUUGCAAUGUUGAGGCAUCAACUAUUGUAGUUCCAUCUGGGUCUAUUUUCCUUCUCCACCCAAUAUCCUUUUCAGGCCCUAAUUGUGCAGAAAACAUUGUAUUUCAGUUGGAUGGUAAAAUCAUAGCUCCUACUACUCCUGGAUCUUGGGAAUCAGAGCUUUUACAAUGGAUUGAGUUCACAACAAUUAAAGGGAUCACAAUCAAAGGUAAAGGAGUCAUUGAUGGACAAGGCUCAGUCUGGUGGAAUGAUCUACCAACACACAGUCCAGACUCGAAGGUAACCAAUGAACUCAGAAAAAAAAUGCCUAGCACCAAGCCAACAGCUCUAAGGUUCUAUGGAAGCACUGAUGUGACUGUCACCGGCAUAACAAUUCAAAACAGCCCUCAAACUCACCUCAAAUUUGACAAUUGCACAAGUGUUCAGGUUUAUGGUUUCACUGCUGCAUCCCCUGGGAACAGCCCACACACAGAUGGAAUUCACCUGCAGAACUCUCAAGAUGUGCUCAUCUAUGGCACUGAUCUUGCUUGUGGGGAUGAUUGUAUAUCUAUUCAAACUGGAUGUUCAAAUGUGUACAUACACAAUGUAAAUUGCGGACCUGGACAUGGCAUCAGCAUCGGAGGGCUUGGAAAAGACAACACCAAAGCUUGUGUUUCAAACGUCACUGUGCGGGACAUUGCAAUACAAGACACAUUAACUGGUGUCAGGAUAAAGACAUGGCAGGGAGGAUCAGGCUCAGUGCAAGGAAUCACAUUCUCAAACAUUCAAGUUUCUAGAGUUGAAACUCCGAUCAUGAUUGACCAAUUCUACUGUGAUAGCAGCAAAUGCUCAAACGAAUCUUCAGCUGUGGCUGUGUCAAACAUAAACUAUGCGGACAUUAAAGGCACAUAUACAAGAAAUCCUAUACACUUUGCAUGUAGUGACAACUUGCCAUGUACUGGUGUAUCACUAGAUACUAUAGAGCUGAAGUCAGUUGGAGAAGAUUCCCAACCUUUCUGUUGGAACACAUAUGGAGAUCUGAAAGGUACAACUGUCCCUCCAAUUAACUGCUUGCAAUCAGGCAAAUCAAGCAAGAAAGUUGUAUAUUGCUGAAUUUAGCUUAGUUAUCUACACAUAUGGCUAUUGAUAUUGUACGCCCACAUAGAAGGUUGCUCUAUGCAUGCAUCAGUACUCAAAUGUCUUCCGGAAGAAUAUAUACUAUCGUUAUUCUGUAUCUGUAGGUUCACAUUUUAUACAUAACAUCCCACCAUUUUCCUGUUUCAGAUCAAUAAUAAAUAAAUAAAUAUAAGCUUUAAGCUACUAGUACUACCCUAAGAUUCCAUUCCACCAUGACAUCAUUCUUUAUGAUAGUAAACCACAGAUGAUGAACAUGUGAAGUCUAAAAGAAAAAUCAGUUUCAGUUGGGCACUGGAGAACGCAUAACAAAUGAAGAUAUAAGGGAUAGUGAAGCAAACUGAGACAUUCGUGCACAGAUGUACAAUAAGACCCCCCCCC